AUGUCGCUCAACACCUCCUUUCGCCGUGCUACAUCCAGCGCCGGCCCCUCCAAGACUCUCCUCAAAUCCACAUCCUCAACAUCUCCAUCAACAUACAUCUGCACUCAAUGCAGACACGCAAGUCUGCUCCGCCGCCCUAAACGACCCUACACAUUCACGCAACUCAUCGCCCUCUCAGACGGAAGCACAUUCGUGCACCGCACCACCUCUCCAACACCCGUCUACCGCUCAACCCGUGAUACACGCAACUCCCUACUCUGGAAUCCGACAAGUAAGAAACUAUUGACCGUCGAGGACGACGAGGCUGGGCGGCUGGCUGCUUUCCGUGCGAAGUUCGGAAGGAGUUUUGAUGCCGUUGGGACCGCUGCGGAGGAGGCCGCUGCUGCUGCUGGAGGAGCACCCAAACCGACGGGCCAGAAUAUUGAGAUGAAACAAGCGCAAGAUGCGGCGGCGGACGCUGCGGCUGAAAAGGCAAUUGCGCAGGAGGAGGCAGAGUUACAGGAAGAGGAGGAUAGUUUGUUGGAUUUGAUUAGUUCGUUUGGGCAGGAGGAGAAUGGGAAGAAGAAAUAG